ACCUUGUGUGCAGGGCACACGAGCAACACUAGCAUCCCUCUUGUUUAUGUACUAUUUUUAAGCUAUAAUGUAUUAAAUAAAUGUGACGACGACAUUGAAAACAUUACAUUCUUACAUUUUAAAGCAGACUUUCAGUAGUAUCUUCUAACAAGUGCUGGAGAUGAAGGAUAAGAUGGCCGUUCCUCUGUUCGCCCUGUUGGCAGUGUGUGUGGACGUGAGUGCCGUGAUGUUCAUUGGUGCCAUCCAGCUCUCCCCGUCCUUCAUCAACAACACCUUCAUCCUGCCGUGGGCCGGUGGACUGCUCCGAACAUGUCUCCUCCUCUUCGUCUCCUUCACCUACCCUGGCAGCCCAGCGUGGAUGAGAGGAUUCGAGGGGGUGCAGACAGCUGUAGUUCAUGGUCUCGUCUAUCCAGUGUAUAUCUCCUUCCUCUGGGCUUGUGACCGGCCUAUAGUGGAGCUGGUGUGGGGUUGGCACACCUGUCAAGGGCUCCUGCAGGGUUAUGCGGUGCUGGCUUUGUCUCUGUUGCUGUGGAAACGACAUGUUCCCACUCUCCUCCCGACGGCCAAAAAGGAGAAAACAGAGCAGAAGGCUUCGCUGCAAAGGCUGCUGGGAUACAUGAAGCCUUUCAGUGGACGUUUUGCAGCCGUCUUUUUCUUUGUGGUUAUUUCUUCAUUAGGUAAAAAUAUGUGUUGGGUCAUACAUAUAAAUGCACAUUUUCUGUUUAAUCUGGCAUUAAAAAAUAAAUGCAUGAAUGUUUUCUGCAGCGCUGUGUGUGAGUUUGUGUGUGACCUCAUCUACAACAUCACCAUGAGCCGAAUACACACGUCCAUCCAAGGACUCGUCUUCCAGUCUGUGCUGAAGCAGGAUAUUGCGUUCUUCGAUAAAUCUUCCACAGGGGACAUUGUAUCUCGCAUCACCACCGACACCAACACCAUGAGUGAGUCUCUGAGUGAGAAGUUGAGUCUGCUCAUGUGGUACUUCAUGCGUGUCGUCUUCCUGUUGGGCUCCAUGGUGCUGCUCUCCCGCACGCUGACCUUCUUCACCGUACUCGGCCUCCCCAUCAUCUGGAUCAUCCCAGAAUUUUCUGGCCAGUUUUACCAGAAACUUUCUAAACAAGUGCAAGAAUCUCUCGCCAAGGCCAAUGAUGUUGCCACGGAAACCUUCUCUUCCAUGAAGACAGUGAGGAGCUUUGCAAAUGAGGACGGAGAGACAGAGAGGUACAGGAAGUGCUUAGAGGACACGUAUGCCCUGAACAAAGUGGAAGCCGCUGCUUACGCUGCCUCAACUUGGACCAAUAGUAUGUCGAGUCUGGCUUUGAAAGUCAGUAUACUGUACUAUGGAGGGCGGCUUGUGACAGGAAGUGAUGUCAGUAGUGGUGAUCUGGUGUCCUUUGUGCUAUAUGAGCUUCAGUUCACAUCAGCUGUGGAGGUACUGAUGUCAUACUGGCCGGAUGUAAAGAAGGCAGUCGGUGCUUCAGAGAAAAUCUUUGAAUAUGUGGACCGAAAGCCUGAUAUUCCUCCAAAUGGAUCCCUCGCUCCUCAAACUCUGAAAGGACAUGUGCAGUUCAAAAAGAUCACCUUUGCUUAUCCAAAGCGACCGGACACAGAUGUGCUGAAGAACGUUUCUCUUGAGCUGAAGCCGGGCCAGAUCACGGCUCUGGUGGGUCCAUCAGGUUCUGGAAAAAGCACUAUUGUGAGUUUGCUGGAGAGAUUUUAUCAGCCUCAAAGUGGGAAGAUUUUACUGGACCAGACGCCACUGCUGGAGUACAAGGACCAAUAUCUACAUGAGAAGAUUAGUGUGGUGUCACAGGAGCCAGUUCUGUUUGCUCGGUCAGUGCAGGAAAACAUCAAAUAUGGCAAAGAAAAUGCCUCGGAUGAAGAAAUGAGCGCUGCUGCCAAGCUGGCCAAUGCAGAUGACUUUAUUUUGAAUUUGCCUAAAGGAUAUGACACGGAUGCUGGAGAGAAGGGCGGUCAGGUCUCCGGAGGUCAGAAGCAGCGUAUCGCCAUCGCCAGAGCUCUGAUUCAGAAACCCCAGAUUCUAGUGCUUGAUGAUGCUACCAGCUCACUGGACACCGAGAGUGAACACAGGGUGUACAGCGCUCUGCGGAAGGAGCUGAAGAACUGUACGGUGCUGCUCAUCACUCACAGACUGAGCGGCGUGGAAAACGCAGAUCACAUCAUCUUCCUCCGAGAAGGGGAAGUGGCUGAGGAGGGGAACCAUGAACAACUGCUAGCCAAACAUGGAUUUUAUGAAGAGUUUGUGAAUCAACAGAAUACUUCAAUCCAUCGCAACACAGGAGACGUUACAAACUCCAGCCAAUGAUUUAGAGCAGCUGCUCUACAAUUAAUCUGUGCUUUCAUGUAAUACCAGCACAAAUCUAUGGAAGCCAGCACAAAUAUUUAUGAAAAAAAAAAAAAAAAGGAAAUUUUUAUCUCACAAUUUUGACUUUUUUU